AUGGGACCGCUGCUGGGGAGAGGCGGCUUCGGCUCCGUGUACUCGGGGGUCCGCCUGGGUGACAACACCCCGGUGGCCAUCAAACAAGUGGCUCGGGAGCGCAUCUCCUCGUGGGGCCAGCGGCGCAGCGGCACCCGCAUUCCCAUGGAGAUAGCCAUGAUGAGGAAAGUGCGCUCCGACUGCAGCACCAUCAUCCAGCUCCUCAAUUGGUUUGAGCUGCCCGACUCCUUCCUGCUGGUUUUGGAGCGUCCGGAGCCAUCGCAGGACCUCUUUGAGUUAAUCAGAAACCGCGGGUUCGUGCCCGAGUCUCCGGCGCAGGGCAUUUUCCUCCAGGUGCUGAGGGCCGUGCGGCACUGCCACAGCCGCGGUGUCCUGCACAGGGAUAUCAAGUCCAACAACAUCAUCAUCCACUUGGUCACCGGAAAGAUCAAGCUAAUUGACUUUGGUUGCAGCACCCUCCUCAGGAACAUGGUCUACACCAAAUUUAGCGGAACACCUUUGUACUACCCGCCGGAGUGGUUCCUCUACCACUGCUACCACGGCCGUCCGGCGGCCAUCUGGUCCCUGGGCGUGCUGCUGUAUGAGAUGGUGUGCGGGGUCCUCCCCUUCCGGUGCUGCGAGGACAUCACCAGCGGGCAGCUCUUCUUCAAGCGCCAGAUCUCUGUUGAAUGCCAGCAGCUCAUCAGGUGGUGCUUGAACAUGAAAGAUUGGGCCAGACCAUCCCUGGAGGAUGUGUUCAACCACCCUUGGCUGCAAACAUGA